AUGACGGCAACGGCAGUCACCGUGCCCAAUGGCCCAGAUACGAAAAAUGGAUACACUUUUAUAUACGUGAAUAUACCUCUACUCGUCCUUGCGACGGGUAUUGUUGGAUUUCGUGUAUGGUGGCGGUGCAUCAAAAACGGCGGUGGCGCGUUGAACAAGGCCGAUGUUUGCGUUGUCAUCUGCUUGAUCUUCAACAUUAUUCAAACAGCCUGUAUAACAGUUGCCAUUUUGAACUGGGGCUUUGGACAUCACGCUCCUUAUCUCAAUGCAGAACAACGAUAUCACUCCUUGCUAUACUUUUUCAUAUUUCAGUGCUUUGUCAAGAACACCGUCGCAAUAACUAAGUUGUCGUUUCUCUUCUUAUACCUCGACAUUUUUCCGCAGAGAAAGUUUCGGAUUAUCUGCUGGAUACUUAUUAUCCAGAUAGGUUGCGCCCUGAUUGCCCUCAGUUUUACCACAAUCUUUCAGUGCACUCCGGUUAAGUACUCGUGGGACAAGACCAUACCCGGACAUUGCAUCAACAUUAAAGCAUUUUGGUACGGCCAAUCUGGAUGGAACACCUUCAUGGACGUCGUCGUUCUCGUCUUGCCAGUUCCUGUAAUCUUAAAAUUACAGAUGAAUCGUCGAGCAAAGAUCAGCGUCAUCGCUGUCUUUGUUCUUGGGGCAUUUGUAUGCAUCACUAGUAUCGAACGACUGAUUAGUCUCAACUUCAAUGCCACUUUCAUCCAGGACUUCACCUGGGCAACUGGAACAUCAGUCAUCUGGACUCAAGUGGAAUCCACGGUCGGCGUGAUUUGUGCCUGUACACCUUCGCUGAGAAUGCCACUGGCUCGAUUUAUUCCCUUCUUGUUUGGCUCUACAAAGCAUGACCGUUCGUACGAGCUAAGUGAUGGUGUUCACGGCGAAGGCGCUCGAUCAAACAACUGGAACAGUCAAUCCAACCACUCGAAGAGGCGUGGCGACUUCGACGAUGGUAUGGAUGACUUGGAGACAAACUAUAAAAGUGAAGGAAGCGAAGAAAGGAUAAUGGGCAUCAAGAAGACUGUUAGUAUCGACAUGACAUUUCAGGAAAGGUCGCGUGAUGCAGAUGCAGAUAACAAGUACACGGUAUGA